UGAUUUCGUAAUCUUGAUCAGAAACGUGAAUUCAAGAAACAAAGAAGAAGAUGGCUCGUACUAAACAAACUGCAAGAAAGUCUACCGGAGGAAAGGCUCCAAGGAAACAAUUGGCCACCAAAGCCGCCCGUAAGAGUGCUCCGUCAACUGGAGGAGUCAAGAAGCCUCAUCGUUAUAGACCUGGAACUGUGGCUCUUCGAGAGAUCAGACGUUACCAGAAGUCCACAGAACUACUCAUCAGGAAACUGCCAUUUCAAAGGCUUGUAAGGGAGAUUGCUCAAGACUUCAAGACUGACUUAAGGUUCCAGAGUGCUGCCAUUGGAGCCCUACAGGAAGCGUCUGAGGCAUACCUUGUUGGACUGUUUGAGGACACUAACUUGUGUGCUAUCCAUGCCAAGCGUGUCACCAUCAUGCCCAAGGACAUCCAGCUGGCCAGGAGAAUCCGUGGGGAGAGGGCUUAGAUAGCCAGCCAGCCAGAACUCGAACAUUAUCUUAUGAACUUACUUGUUGUUUUGUUUUGCUCUCAUUUGUGUGUAAUGCUGUAUGCCUACAUGUUCUCUCAUUCACAUUUUUAUCAAAAUGUUAUUUGUUACCCUC